UUGUGUGUGAGCGAACUUCUUCCUAUAAGUUUACAGGACGAGGACGAAUCCAAGCAUUCCCAUUCCCGUGUGACCGCCGUGCUAGGUUUUCUUGCGCAGUUGCAGAUUUGCUCGAUCGAUCCGGCAUGGCGCUGAAUGAGGAGGAGCUGCAUUUGCUGGAGCGGCCGCUCUAUCUCACCCCGACCUGGGCCGUAUCGGUGGUUUGCACUGGAUUCGUCAUCGUCUCGCUCGGCGCGGAGCGAUCCAUCCAUUGUCUUGGCAAUUGGCUCAAGAGGACUAAACGAAAGCCUUUGCUUCAUGCGCUCGAAAAAAUAAGAGAUGAACUUAUGGUCCUGGGAUUUAUUUCUCUCGUUCUCACUGUCACACAGAACUACAUAUCGCAGUUCUGUGUGGAUUCCAGUUUCUACGACAGAAUGCCUACACCAUGCAAGCGAGAGUCGAGCAGCCACGAGAUGGAAGGCAGCAUUCACGCGGCGAUGCUCGGCAACCUCAAUCCCAGGCGACAACUGAAUUCUCGUUUCGGGAUCACUUGUGUGCACAAGGGGAAAGAACCAUUUGUGUCGUUCGAAAGCCUCGAGCAGCUUCACCGUUUUAUUUUUGUUUUGGGAGUGACUCAUGUAGUCUACAGCUGCUUAACUAUGCUGCUCGCUCUGAUGAAGAUAUAUAGCUGGAGUUCCUGGGAAAACGAAGCUCACGCCGAAAGCCAUGACAGUCUUAGUGAAAUAACAAAGACACUGACUCUCAGACGGCAAUCCACAUUUGUGCUUUAUCAUACUUCCAGCAGAUGGAGCAGAAACAAGCUGCUAGUGUGGAUCGUUUGUUUUCUUCGACAAUUUGGACAAUCGGUGACACGAGCCGACUAUUUGACUUUGCGCUUAGGCUUCAUAACUAAUCAUCACACGGGAACAUCGUACGAUUUUCAUAGCUACAUGAUACGAACUGUAGAAGACGAAUUCAAAGAGAUUGUGGGCAUAAGCUUCCCCUUGUGGAUAUUUGUGAUUGUUUUUAUGCUGAUCAACGUACAUGGUGUAAACUUGUAUUUCUGGUUUGCGUUUCUGCCAGUGAUUCUGGUAAUUCUUGUUGGAGCAAAGCUCCAGCACAUCAUUGCAACGCUUGCUCUGGAAAAUGCUGGUAUUCGCGGUCGUUACAUUGGCCAGGCAUUGAAGCCUCGGGACAAUCUCUUUUGGUUCAGUAAGCCGGAACUUCUACUCUUCCUUAUCCACUUCGUACUUUUCCAGAAUGCAUUUGAGCUUGCAACGUUUCUUUGGACUUUGUGGCAAUUUGGAUACGAGUCUUGUCUCAUGGCUGAUCAAGCGUAUAAGAAAUACAUCUACGUAUAUGCUCGCUUGAUUUCGGGGGUCUUUGCACAGUUCCUAUGUAGCUACAGCACCUUGCCCCUCUAUGCUCUCGUCACUCAGAUGGGUACAAACUACAAAAAGACAAUAUUCCAGGAAAGUAUUGUGCACUCGCUAAACGUCUGGCGCAAGUCCGCUCAACAAAAAGCCAGACAAGCAGCAGCAGCGGAAGACUCUCACAGCAGUGAUCACGACCACGACCAUGAUGAAACCGUCACGGGCAGGCACAAGGUCUUGAAAAGAAGUGGCUACUCGUCUGUUGGGAGGGAGGAGGAUGCAUUUGUGGAGGAACACCCGUGUUGACAACACAUGUGUUUACGAAAAGGCUGACUUUGAAAAGCUGUAACUCGUUCCAUGUAAGAGUGUGAGCUUUUCUCGCUCGGAAGCUAAUCAAACCGGUUCACGAGCAAACGCGCCACUGAAUUGACUGUUUACCAGGCCCGAUGGAGGAAGAACACUUCUUCUGUGUAUAUAAGACACUGGAGGCGCGAGCACUGAACACAACUUGAGCAGUUCUUCAUCCGAUCGAAUCGUAUCAGAGCAAGGACACAGCGCCUGACAAGAGAUCCUGGUUUCUUAUACAACGAUAUCAUCACUCUCUUGGAACACAAGUAUCAGCAGCAAGAACGUAUCAGCAGCAAACGUAUCAGCAGCACAAAGAAAAGAGCUAGAGAUUUGUUCCUGGAGUGGACGAAAAUGGCUCACGGAAGGAUACUUCUCGCGAUCGCGUUCGUGAUUUUGAUCAGCGGCAGCGUCCACUGCUCCAGGCUGGGCUCGUUUUCGGUGAUGAACCACCAGGCCGAGCUUGGGAGCUCGCUGCAAGGCAGUGAGACUCCGGGAGGUCCUUCGAAAUGUAUCGACAGCCAAGAUGGGAAGUGCCCGGACAGACCGUCGAGCGUGGAUCUUCUCAACAACAGGAAGGCUCAAUCCGGAGUUGAGAUGCUCGUCAAGGAUCAGAGCACUCCCGGGCAAGGCCCAUCCAAGGACAACCGCGACUAAAUGCUGAAACAUUCAAUUGUAUAUAAAAGAGCCUGAAAUUUACA